CAGGCUAUCAUGGCUUGUUUUUGUGAGAAUAGUUGCCUGGGCAGAUUGUAUUUCUAGUCCUGAGAGCCCAGGCAGACGAGAAUGCUCUCAUGUUAACAGUCAUUUGGGCUUGGAACUACGUGCUGGGUUGCCUACUCAAAUUCUUCACUCCUCUUUAUUUGCACGUGCAGUUCGAUCCAUCCAGCCGUUGUCGUUCUCUAGGCCAAGAUGUGCAACUCCUGGAUACUGAGCGCCAUCGCACUUCUCUCCCUCUCGCUCGGCACAGCAGCUACGAAACACGUAUCGGCGUUAGCAGCUCAAGUGUCCUUAUAUAUACGCGCCACUAACAAAACCAUCUGCGGUUCGGAGACUGGCUCAUCCGGCCUCAUAACAAAUUGGUAUUGCGAAGGCAGCGCGCCGCAAUGCUGCAGAGAUAGUAGGGAAACGCUCAAGGAGGGCAUUCCGUGGAACUGCAUUCCCGCCGACGGUGUCUGCUGCGGACACGGCGACUAUUGUAGUGCGAGCAUCAACGCUAUUUGCAAGCGCGACAAGUCUGGAUACGAAUGUUGGGCCGGAUCGGGCGCUGAGGUUCCAACGAUCGUGGGAAACACGCCAGAGAUGGAGUCGGAUUAUAGCAAUGUUAGGGGCCACAAGGAUGAGGGUGAAUACGAGAGUUCGGCUACAAAGUCGGCAUGGAAAGCUGAGGUCUGGGCAGCUUGGGGAAUGAUAGGUGUAGGAGCCCUAUGGUUCCUUUAACAUGUGUAUGUCUUAUAUCAUUAGGCUGUUCAAGCUACAGUCG